AGCUGCUUGUCACACCGACCUGCACCAUCUCUCGCCUGCCUGUGGGGUUUCUGUCAACUAGUCGUGGAGGGGAGGAGACUCUUUAAAGAAUAACAUCUUAUUGUGGCCAUGCCAGAACCCACUAAGAAAGAGGAAAAUGAAGUGCCAGCCCCAGCCCCACCCCCGGAAGAACCAAGUAAAGAGAAGGAGGCCGGAACUACACCAGCAAAAGACUGGACCCUUGUCGAACCUCCUCCUGGGGAGGAACAAGCCAAGCAGAAUGCCAACUCCCAGCUGUCCAUCUUGUUCAUUGAAAAACCUCAAGGAGGAACAGUGAAAGUUGGUGAAGAUAUCACCUUCAUAGCCAAAGUCAAGGCUGAAGAUCUUCUGAGAAAACCCACUAUCAAAUGGUUCAAAGGAAAAUGGAUGGACCUGGCCAGCAAAGCCGGGAAGCACCUUCAGCUGAAGGAAACCUUUGAGAGGCACAGUCGGGUGUACACAUUUGAGAUGCAGAUCAUCAAGGCCAAAGAGAACUUUGCAGGAAAUUACAGAUGCGAGGUCACCUAUAAGGAUAAGUUUGACAGCUGUUCAUUUGAUCUUGAAGUGCACGAAUCUACUGGGACUACUCCAAACAUUGACAUCAGAUCUGCUUUCAAGAGAAGUGGAGAAGGUCAAGAGGAUGCAGGGGAACUUGACUUUAGUGGUCUCCUGAAACGUAGGGAGGUGAAGCAGCAGGAGGAAGAACCCCAGGUGGACGUAUGGGAGUUGCUGAAGAACGCGAAACCCAGUGAGUACGAGAAGAUCGCCUUCCAGUAUGGAAUCACCGACCUGCGCGGCAUGCUCAAGCGGCUCAAGCGCAUGCGCAGAGAGGAGAAGAAGAGCGCAGCUUUCGCAAAAAUUCUUGAUCCUGCAUAUCAGGUUGACAAAGGAGGCAGAGUGAGGUUUGUUGUGGAGCUGGCAGAUCCAAAGUUGGAGGUGAAAUGGUAUAAAAAUGGUCAAGAAAUUCGACCCAGUACCAAAUACAUCUUUGAACACAAAGGAUGCCAGAGAAUCCUGUUUAUCAAUAACUGUCAGAUGACAGAUGAUUCGGAGUAUUAUGUGACAGCCGGUGAUGAGAAAUGUUCCACUGAGCUCUUCGUAAGAGAGCCUCCAAUUAUGGUGACCAAACAGCUGGAAGAUACAACUGCUUAUUGUGGGGAGAGAGUGGAAUUAGAAUGUGAGGUGUCUGAAGAUGAUGCCAAUGUAAAAUGGUUUAAGAAUGGUGAAGAGAUUAUCCCUGGUCCAAAAUCAAGAUACCGAAUUAGAGUUGAGGGUAAAAAACACAUCUUGAUCAUAGAGGGAGCAACAAAGGCUGAUGCUGCAGAAUAUUCAGUAAUGACAACAGGAGGACAAUCAUCUGCUAAACUUAGUGUUGACUUGAAACCUCUGAAGAUUUUGACACCUCUGACUGAUCAGACUGUAAAUCUUGGAAAAGAAAUCUACCUGAAGUGUGAAAUCUCUGAAAACAUACCAGGAAAAUGGACUAAAAAUGGCCUACCUGUUCAGGAGAGUGACCGUCUAAAGGUGGUUCACAAGGGAAGGAUCCACAAGUUAGUGAUAGCCAAUGCCCUCACUGAAGAUGAAGGUGAUUAUGUAUUUGCACCUGAUGCCUACAAUGUUACUCUGCCUGCCAAAGUUCAUGUUAUUGAUCCUCCUAAGAUCAUCCUGGAUGGUCUUGAUGCUGACAACACAGUGACAGUGAUUGCAGGAAACAAGCUUCGUCUUGAGAUCCCCAUCAGCGGAGAACCACCUCCUAAAGCCAUGUGGAGCCGGGGAGAUAAGGCUAUUAUGGAAGGCAGUGGCCGGAUAAGAACAGAAUCUUACCCUGAUAGCAGCACUCUGGUCAUUGAUAUAGCUGAAAGAGAUGACUCUGGUGUUUACCACAUCAAUCUGAAAAACGAAGCUGGAGAGGCACAUGCAAGCAUCAAGGUUAAAGUUGUGGACUUCCCUGAUCCUCCAGUGGCACCGACUGUGACAGAGGUGGGAGAUGACUGGUGUAUCAUGAACUGGGAGCCUCCUGCCUAUGAUGGAGGCUCUCCAAUCCUAGGAUAUUUUAUUGAGAGGAAGAAGAAACAAAGCUCCAGGUGGAUGAGGCUGAAUUUUGAUCUCUGCAAAGAAACAACUUUUGAGCCCAAGAAGAUGAUUGAAGGUGUGGCCUAUGAGGUCCGCAUCUUUGCAGUCAAUGCCAUUGGCAUCUCCAAGCCCAGUAUGCCCUCCAGGCCUUUUGUUCCUUUGGCUGUAACAAGCCCUCCUACUCUUCUGACUGUGGACUCUGUCACUGACACGACUGUCACGAUGAGGUGGCGCCCCCCAGACCACAUUGGUGCAGCAGGUUUAGAUGGCUAUGUGCUAGAGUAUUGCUUUGAAGGAACUGAGGACUGGAUAGUUGCAAACAAAGAUCUGAUUGACAAGACGAAGUUCACCAUCACAGGUCUGCCAACAGAUGCAAAGAUCUUUGUGCGUGUGAAGGCUGUUAAUGCAGCUGGUGCCAGCGAGCCCAAGUACUAUUCUCAGCCCAUUCUCGUGAAGGAAAUCAUAGAACCUCCAAAGAUUCGCAUCCCGAGACACCUGAAGCAAACCUAUAUCCGCAGAGUUGGAGAAGCUGUCAAUCUGGUUAUACCUUUCCAGGGAAAACCAAGACCAGAAUUAACUUGGAAGAAGGAUGGUGCAGAAAUUGAUAAGAAUCAAAUAAACAUUCGCAACUCUGAGACUGAUACAAUCAUAUUUAUUAGAAAAGCAGAGAGGAGCCACUCUGGGAAAUAUGAUCUGCAAGUCAAAGUGGACAAAUUCGUGGAGACCGCAUUAAUUGACAUCCAGAUCAUUGACCGUCCAGGUCCACCCCAAAUUGUGAAGAUUGAGGAUGUCUGGGGAGAAAAUGUCGCUCUCACAUGGACUCCACCAAAGGAUGAUGGAAAUGCUGCUAUCACAGGCUAUACCAUUCAGAAGGCUGACAAGAAGAGCAUGGAAUGGUUUACUGUCAUUGAGCAUUAUCAUCGAACCAGUGCUACCAUUACUGAAUUGGUCAUAGGGAAUGAAUAUUACUUCCGGGUCUUUUCUGAAAACAUGUGUGGCCUCAGUGAGGAUGCUACCAUGACUAAAGAGAGUGCAGUGAUCGCCAAGGAUGGUAAAAUCUACAAAAAUCCAGUGUAUGAAGACUUUGAUUUCUCAGAGGCACCCAUGUUUACUCAGCCUUUGGUUAACACCUAUGCCAUAGCUGGUUACAAUGCCACCCUAAACUGCAGUGUGAGAGGAAAUCCUAAGCCUAAAAUAACCUGGAUGAAAAACAAAGUUGUUAUUGUGGAUGAUCCAAGAUACAGGAUGUUCAGCAACCAGGGAGUCUGUACCCUGGAAAUUCGCAAGCCCAGCCCCUAUGAUGGAGGCACUUACUGCUGCAAAGCAGUCAAUGACCUUGGGACAGUGGAGAUUGAAUGCAAACUGGAGGUGAAAGGUGGGCUCUCCUUCUGCAGACUCCUCUUGCAAGGCGUACCUCCAAACAUAAUUGAUUCAUAUCUGCGAGACUUACACUCAAGCAAUCCUGAGGAAUACUGAGGGAGGGCCUGGCUACUGUCUCUCUGCACUCUGCUGCUUUGAAAUCUGGUUGAAAUGAGAAAAAGCAUUUUCUGUUUUCCCACCAGGCCCCCAAGUGUGGUCUUUUUCUUUCCUCCUAAUGUUGAAGAGAAAAAAAAAAAAAAAAGUUUGCCCAGAUUGCUUAAUUAAAAAUUGCAAACAAAAUCUCA